CCUUGGCGGGCAACGUUGUGAGUUUUUUGUUGGCCGGUGCUGUCACUGCAUCGGGAUCACUGAUGCGGGAGCUGCUGCUGGUAGCCGCCAACCCGGACACGGUGCAGGCGCGCAUACAGAGUGAAAUCGACACGGUCGUGGGCAGCGAACGCCAACCGGCUUGGGAAGACAGGGUCUCGACACCCUACACGAUGGCCUUUAUCUGGGAGGCACAUCGGCGAUACACCAUGAUGCCACUCGGAGUGCCCAGGCGAGCAUGUCAAGAUGUGGUCAUCGGCGAAUACUUCAUUCCCCAAGACGCGACUGUGGUGGCCAACCUCUGGGCGGUGCACAACAAUCCAGCAAUAUGGAACGACCCGGAUAAGUUCGAUCCAACGCGUUUGUUGAAUUGUGACGGCUCAAUCUCCGGGGAUGAGCUCCAGAGGGUGAUCCCCUUUUCGGUCGGCAGAAGAAUGUGCCCCGGAGAAAUCUUCGCAUCGGUUGAGAUAUACAUGUACUUGACGAGCAUCCUACAGAAAUUCCGUGUGCUUCCUGCAAAAGGUCACGUGCUUGACGUGAACGUGAAAGACAGCGAGAUUAUGCAGCUUGGCCGCCACAAGGUGCGCUGCAUCCCACGGAUAAAUACAGCGCCAUGAUGUCAGCAGUUCUCUAAUACCUCGAACAUCAGUGCUUGCAAUCCUAACAAAGAUGCGUGGGGACAUUUAAUGUCGUUUUCUUGGCCACGAAUGUCUGGCAGUGUGCUCUGAUUGUAUGACUGUGUGCCAUUCAUCGCGUACACUAGGCCUCUCCAUCACAAUGUAAUAGGACAUUGUAUGCUGAAGCCAUAUUGCGGGAUUAGGUUACUGUGUCAAACGUAAACGCGUGUUCGAUGAGCUUUUGAACAGCACAGAGAAACCUGCAAGAAGGAAUUGACGAAUAGCGGUCCUUUCGUACGCUGCCGGAAAAGGAGAGCCCCAUACGGCCGUUGAGUGUCUUCAUGUGGAUGUGAAAUAAAAUUUAUGUC